AUGAGCCUGGAGUCAUGCUCGGCGCUGCUGGGCUUCAUCUACGGGACGAUCGAGCAGGGGCAGUUCUGGAAGCACCAGCUGCCGCUGCUGGCGGCGGCCAAUAAGUACAGGAUCGGCGACAUCAAGGACUGCUGCGAGGAGAGCCUGCUGGAGGACAUCAGCUCGGCGAACGUCCUGGAGAGGCUCCAUGUGGCGUGGCUCUACCAGCUGGAGCGGCUCAAGAAAGGGUGCCUCACCUACCUGUUUGUGUUUGGCAAGAUUUAUGAUUGGGCGUUUGCUGAUGAUGACAGGCAGCAAGAGAAGAGAAGAGAAGAGAAGACGGAGAAACUGGAGUUGUGA